UUCUUCAUUUUCACUCCUUUCUCUUUCCCUCUGCGGCUCUGCUUCUGAUGUUCUGAUGUUAUUCUCGGGUCGCACGUCCCCUCCUCGCUCCCUCCUUCCUCUGCGUCUCGCGGAGACGUAACGUCGCCCCGCCGUGCUCACGUGAAGCGGGAGUGAGUCCCAGGACGCCGCCGGGGACCCGCAGGCUGUCGCCCCGCAAAUCACGCGUCUUGCGGCCGAGCUCCGGCGGACCUAUGCUGUCGCUUUCACGGUCACGGCAGCAGCAGGAGGCGCAGCGGGAGGUGCACCGGGGGCUGUGCCCGAAGACGAGGAAUGGAUGAGAGGUAAUGUGUGCUCCAGACCUGUGCUUCCCACCCCUCCCUCGUGAGCAUGUAUCGCAGGAACGGGCUCUCAGACGGCACCAGCAUCCACUCCUUCAGCUCCGAGGCCAGCAGCAGCUCGGACUCUCUGGACGGACCCUGCUUGGAUCACACCAAGAGCUAUGAUGCCGUCAUUUUUGACGUGCUGAAGGUGACGCCCGAGGAGUUCGCUAGUCAAAUCACUUUGAUGGAUGCUCCAGUCUUUAAAGCCAUUCAGCCAGAGGAACUCUCCAGCUGUGGAUGGAACGGGAAGGAGAAACACAGUCUGGCUCCCAACGUGGUCGCUUUCACGCGCAGGUUCAAUCAGGUGAGCUUUUGGCUGGUGAGGGAAAUCCUAACUGCCCAGACGCUGAAGAUUCGAGCUGAAAUACUGAGUCAUUUCGUCAAAAUAGCAAAGAAGCUGCUCGACCUGAACAACCUCCACUCUCUGGUGUCGGUGGUGUCGGCGCUGCAGAGCGCUCCCAUCUUCAGACUCAGCAAGACGUGGGCCCUGAUCAGUCGGAAGGACAAGGCCACGUUUGAGAAGCUGAACUACCUGACGUCCAAAGAGGAGAACUACACCUGCAUGAGGGAGUACAUCCGCUCUCUGAAGAUGGUGCCCUGUAUUCCCUACCUGGGGAUCUACCUGCUGGACAUGAUUUACAUCGACUCGGCCUAUCCUGCGUCUGACAGCAUCAUCGAGACGCAGCAGCGGACCAAUCAGAUGAACAACCUGCUCAGAGUCAUCUCCGACCUCCAGAUGUCCUGUAACUAUGAUCACCUGGUGACGCUGCCACAUGUCCAGAAAUACCUGCUGUCGGUUCGUUACAUCGAGGAACUGCAGAAGUUCGUGGAGGACGACAACUUCAAGCUUUCUUUGAAGAUCGAGCCUGGAAACAGUUCACCUCGCAUCGCCUCCUCUAAAGAAGACCUGGCAGGUCUGUCUGAAGUGUCCUCCUCGGUGAGAUUCCACCGCCGGCCCACCUGCCCCGACGCCUCGGUGGGGAUUCACAUCCCCACCCCCCCUCCGUCUCACCACAGGAAGAGCCACAGUCUGGGAAACGACAUGAUGUGUCAGUACGGCAUCUCGGAGAGCCGCAGCGCCACGUUCCCCAUCGAGAAGGCCCGCCACCUGCUGGACGACAGCUUCCUGGAGUCCCACAGUCCGGCCAGGAACGACCCGCACUGCACCUCCGUGUCCAACGGCCUCUCCAUAGGCAGCAGUGAGAGCUCGUUUGAAGAGGAGCUGUCGCCCGGAAUGGAGAGAGGCCGCAUGUACGCAACGCUGGGCCCCAACUGGAGGGUUCCCCUCCGCGCCUCGCCCCGCAGCCACAGCUACGUUUACAGCUUCUCUGCGACCACCUCCUGCUACGAGUGCAGUGAGGGAACCAGCGUGACCAUCGAAGGCCCUCUGAAAAGGAAAACGCUGCUGAAAGAGGGACGGAAGCCAAAGCUGACUUCAUGGACCAGGUUUUGGAUCGCCCUGUCUGGAUCGACGCUCACAUUCUACGGGACUAAAGCACUAAGAGCCUCCGAAAGGAAACAUUACAAGUCCAACCCCUGUAAGAAGGUGUGUGUGACUGGAUGGAUGGUGGUGCUGCCGGACGACCCGGCCAGACCCAACAUCUUCCAGCUCAACGAUCCAGAGAAGGGAAAUGUUUACAAGUUCCAGACCGGGUCCAGGUUUUCAGCCAUCAUCUGGCACAAAAACCUGGAGGAAGCCUGUCGGAGCAGCAGACCUCAGCAGAUACCAGCCAACCUCAUGUCGUUUGACUGAAAGCAGCCGUGGUGGGACAGCGGUGCGCCAAACGACGAGCAGCAGAGCAGCGUGUCGUUACCUGAAGAGACGGUACCGGCACGGUGAACUCUGACCCCGGAGCUGUCGCCACCAUGUCAGCAGGCCUGUGUUUCUCUGCUCAGCUGGCUUCCUCCCCCGCCGGGCGGUGCACUCAGGCUUUGGCCCACAUUGGGCUCUGUAAAAUGUGUCAAAUGCGUGUUUGAGUAGAGUCGUCCGAAGACCUUCAGUUUACACACCAGUGUUGAGUUCUGACCUGGACGCUGCUGGAACGCCCAUCCUGUGAAAAACUCCCCGCUUUCUUUUGUAUUUCGCAUCACGGACGCCGCAGAAGGUGAAGGGUCUGCGGUCAGAGCCUCAUGUUUGAACAAUCAGCGGUGGUCAGACUGUCUCCUCCGGAGAGGACAGAGCCGAACACUCCAUCCUCCAUGUCUGUAAUAUACUGGACUUUAUCCAAGGUUUUUAAGCUGUUUUAACAUUUGACCAUCAAAUGGAAAAUGAAUUGAGUCACAUUGAGUCAGAAGUUGUUUGUGGAGAUAGAAGUAAAGGGAAGAUAAUCGGUGAACCCUGCAGAACCGGCUCCAGUGGAGGAUUCUGCUCCUGCUGGGAUUAAAAAUACAUUGUUUUGCUGCAAAUGAAAUUUUAGUGAUAUGAAAUGUUGUAACGAUGGCGAAAUGAAGUGAAACAGAAGUGGAAGGAGCCGCCGACCAUGGAGGGACGAGCGCAGCUCGUCUUUGGAAUGUAGAAAAGAAUUGAGAUAUUUUUGUAACAGAUUAAGGAGAUGUGAAGAUAAUGCUGCACUAGGAGAAACAAAGCCUUUCAGGCCCCUUCAGGCCCUGGGCCCCCGUCGUCUGCGACUGGAUGAACUCGGGUCCAGAUGAACCCGUCACCUGAGAGUUGAACCAUCAACCCUGAUGUCAGGUUGAAACAUGAGCUUCAUCAAAACAUCUCUCCUCUUUCUGAGGUGUGGCCACCGUGUUUUCCAGGCUAUAAGUCGCAUCGGUCCAAAAAUUUUAUUUUGAAAUUAAUUUCAGAAAAUCUAAAACCAAAAAAGACCAUUUGGAUAUUCAACUGCUCCCAGAACGACAGGCUAAACCACAGCAACACUAGUUCACCGAAAACCUGGUCUCCUUCCACAUGACUGAACCCACUGAGCUCAAUCCAGAGGGAUUCAGAGCUCAGUGAGCCACAGGACGGACGAACAGACAAGCUAACAGGCUAACAGCUGGCUGACAGCGAUCGUUAAGCUAACAGACCAACAGCUGGCUGACGGCGAUCACUAAGCUAACAGACCAACAGUCGGCUGAGACUGAUCGCUAAAUUAAUAGACUAACAGCCGACUGACAGCGAUCGCUAAGCUAGCAGCCUAACAGCUGGCUGACGCGAUCGCUAAGCUAACAGACUAACACCUGGCUGACGCCGAUCGUUAAGCUAACAGACUAACACCUAGCUGACGGCGAUUGCUAAGCUAACAGACCAACAGCUGGCUGACGGUGAUCGCUAAGCUAGCAGACUAACAGCUGGCUGACAGUGAUCGCUAAUCUAACAAACAGCUGGCUGACGCUGAUCGUUAAGCUAACAGAUCAACAGCUGGCUGACGGUGAUUGCUAAGCUAACAGACCAACAGCUGGCUGACGGCGAUCACUAAGCUAACAGACCAACAGUCGGCUGAGACUGAUCGCUAAAUUAAUAGACUAACAGCCGACUGACAGCGAUCGCUAAGCUAGCAGCCUAACAGCUGGCUGACGCCAAUCGCUAAGCUAACAGACUAACACCUAGCUGACGGCGAUUGCUAAGCUAACAGACCAACAGCUGGCUGACGGUGAUCGCUAAGCUAACAGACUAACACCUGGCUGACGCCGAUCGUUAAGCUAACAGACUAACACCUAGCUGACGGCGAUUGCUAAGCUAACAGACCAACAGCUGGCUGACGGUGAUCGCUAAGCUAGCAGACUAACAGCUGGCUGACAGUGAUCGCUAAUCUAACAAACAGCUGGCUGACGCUGAUCGUUAAGCUAACAGAUCAACAGCUGGCUGACGGUGAUUGCUAAGCUAACAGACCAACAGCUGGCUGACGGCGAUCACUAAGCUAACAGACCAACAGUCGGCUGAGACUGAUCGCUAAAUUAAUAGACUAACAGCCGACUGACGGCGAUCGCUAAGCUAGCAGCCUAACAGGUGGCUGACGCCAAUCGCUAAGCUAACAGACUAACACCUAGCUGACGGCGAUUGCUAAGCUAACAGACCAACAGCUGGCUGACGGUGAUCGCUAAGCUAACAGACUAACACCUAGCUGACGGCGAUUGCUGAGCUAACAGACCAACAGCUGGCUGACGGUGAUCGCUAAGCUAGCAGACUAACAGCUGGCUAACAGUGAUCGCUAAGCUAACAAACAGCUGGCUGACGCUGAUCGUUAAGCUAACAGAUCAACAGCUGGCUGACGGCGAUCGCUAAGCUAACAGACUAACACCUGGCUGACGGUGAUCGCUAAGCUAACAAACAGCUGGCUGACGGUGAUCGCUAAGCUAACAAACCAACAGUCAGCUGAUGGUGACGUCGCUAAGCUAACAGACCAACAGUCGGCUGAGACUGAUCGCUAAAUUAAUAGACUAACAGCCGACUGACAGUGAUCGCUAAGCUAACAGAUCAUCAGCUGGCUGACAGCGAUCGCCAAGCUGGCUGAGGGCGACGUAGCUAAGCUAACAGACUAACAGCCGGCUGAGGCCGAUCACUAAGCUAAUAGACUAACAGCUGACAAUGACUAUACUAACAGCUGUCUCAGUGGUCUGAAUGUUCAUGUUUGCAGUUGAGUGGACAGGAUCCAGAGCGCCCUCUCAUGGCUGUAAACAGUCAUGUUUCCUCCAUGGUUCAUGACAGUCAGGAUGAAACAAAGUUGUUCAGUUAAAUACAUUUCGGUAGGUACGUGAGAGGAGCAGCCAAACUAUGGAAAAAAGUGACUUAUAGUCCAGAAAAUACAGCGACUCAUUUUCCUUUCAUAGCUGCAGAAAAGCAUCUCACUCAUGUUAAACCCUCAAUAUCAGACUUUGUUUUGUGAAGAGAGGUUUCAGAAAGCCAGACAUGUGGGUUUGAUGUUUUUGACAGGUGGGAGUUGCAUUAAUGGGAAUAUUGAGAUGAGCUCGGUUCUUUGGGUUGUUUCUGAACCUGUUCCCUCAUUAGACGAUUCAGUGUUUCUCUUGACUGGUUUUGUUUGUUUCCCCCCAAACUGUGAAUUGCUUAAGGUUUAAUUAAAUGUAUUUGUAUAAAGGUU